AUGGCUAAAAACAAAUAUUCAAAAUAUGUUAACCUCAUUGGAAGUACUAAAAUACUAAAAGAAUUUGUGCCAAAGAUUAAGGAUGUGGAGCCAAAUACAGAACAGGCAGAAACAUAUAUGUUUUAUGCUUCCCCUAAGUAUAUUAAUGGUACAUUAAGACCAUACCAAAUAGAGGGACUUAAUUGGUUAAUAAAGAUGCACGAAAACAAAGUAAAUUGUAUAUUAGCAGAUGAAAUGGGUCUGGGAAAAACUAUACAAUCCAUAUCUCUCAUAGGGUAUAUCAAGAAUAUUAAAGAAGAACGUCAUAAACAUUUAAUUGUAGUGCCUAAAUCGGUUCUCCAGAACUGGUAUAAUGAGUUUCAAACGUAUCUGCCAGAUGCUAAAGUUAUAAUGUUCUGGUGUUCUAAAACGGAAAUAUAUGAAAUGGGCAAAGAAGUCUUAAAAGGUAAUCAUGAUGUUAUUAUAACCACUUAUGAAAUGUGUUUAUCAGCUGAGCGAAUUUUAAAGAAAAUUAAUUUUAAUUAUUUGAUAAUGGAUGAGGCUCAUCGUUUAAAGAAUGAAAAGUCAAUUUUAUAUCAAAACUUACAAAAGUUAAAGUUUUCUCAUAAAUUACUGUUGACUGGUACACCAUUACAAAAUAAUAUUCAUGAACUGUGGUCUCUUUUGAGUUUUAUUUUACCAGACGUAUUUACAGAUGCUGAAAAGUUUGAAAAAUUUAUUACAGAUGUUGAUAAAGGUGUCAGUAGAGAUAAAUUAGAGAAUAUUAGAAAAUUGUUGAGUGUGUUCUUUUUAAGAAGGGAAAAGAUUGAUGUAGAAAAAUCACUUUUACCUAAAAAAAUAACUAAUAUUUAUGCUCAACCAACUGAAAUGCAAGUAGAUUGGUAUAGAAGUAUUUUACAGAGGGAUCUUUCAAGAGUUUCGGGGUCAGUAUCAGCCAAUAAAAUGGGGUUGUUGAAUAUUGUGAUGCAGUUAAGAAAGUGUUGUAAUCAUCCAUACUUAUUUGAUGGGGCAGAAAAACCACCAUUUGAAAUAGGUGAGCAUAUCAUAGAUAACUGUGGUAAGAUGAUCAUUUUAGAUAAGAUGUUAGUUAACUUAAAGAAAGAUGGACAUAAAGUAUUAAUAUUUUCACAGAUGUCAAGAAUGUUAGAUAUUUUGGAAGAUUACGUUAGUUAUAGAGAAUUUGAAUAUUGUAGGAUUGAUGGAUCAGUUGAUGGAACUACUAGAAAUGAAGCAAUAAGAGACUUUAAUGAUCCAGAAUCAUCAAAGUUUAUAUUUCUUCUUACGACUAGGGCUGGUGGUUUAGGUAUAAAUUUAUACUCUGCUGAUACGGUUAUAAUUUUUGAUUCUGAUUGGAAUCCAUAUGCUGAUUUACAGGCACAAGACAGGGCUCACAGAAUUGGUCAGACUAAGCAGGUACAAGUUUUUCGAUUAAUUACGGAAAAUACUGUUGAAGAAUCAAUUGUUUUAAAAGCUCAGCAAAAAUUAAAACUAGAUCAAGUUUUAAUGAAGACAGAAGAACGAAGAAAAGCAAUGAAUGUUUCUAAAAAUGAUUUGAUGAAAAUAUUAGCUGAGGGUAUUGAAGAGUUAGAUAAGGUUUCUAUGAAUAAUCGUUUAACCAUUGAUGAAAUCAUUAAGAAGGGUGAAGAAAAGACUAUUGAAAUGGAAGAAAAGAUUAAAGAGUUUAAGAUUGGUGAUUAUGAAGCUGCUAAGACAAACUUUGAUAAAUGGGAUAUCAAAGAUCAUUAUACACAAGUUGUUGAUAAGUUUGUUGUUGAUAAGUUUGUUGCUGAUAAUACAAUACCAGAAGAAGAGAUUCCUAAAAGGAGAAGACAGGGAUUGUUUUAUCAUAACAAUCUUUCUUUCAAAGAAUUUUCAUUUCCAGAUUAUCAAUUUUGUCCCAAAGAAUUUUAUACUUUACAAAAGAAAGAAAAAGAAUUAUAUGAAAGGGGGUCGGCUUUAUCAGAUGAAGAACAAGAAAGAAAAAAGAAGUUGCUUGAACAAACAUUUAUGUGGACUAAGAAAGACUAUAAAAAGUUUCUUUUAUUGGUUGAUAUGUAUGGUAAAAAUAAAGAAGGAAUAUUACAAAACUUUCCUCAUAAGGAAGAUGCAUCUAGAUAUUAUGACGUUUUCUUUAAAAGAUUUAAAGAGCUUGAGGAUUCCAAUAGAGUUAAAGAUGCUUUAGUAAGAAAUGAAAUUAGAAUGAAGGACAAUGAAAUAACUAAGAAUAUUCUUGCUUCAUAUACUGACCUAGAAUUAGAUAGCAUAUUGAUGGGUCGUACUAAAUAUUAUUCUAAUCAUGUUUUACUUUGUAGAUUUUAUCAAAAGUAUAUUGAUGAUCCAUACGUUUGGAAUAAAAUCAAAACUCGAUUACUUGGACUUGAUGAAACAAUAUUUGAUUAUUAUUUACAUACAAGAAGUAUUUCUGAAAUUUCUAGAUACAUUGGUAAUCUAAUUUCAAUGCUUAAGAAACACUACUCUAUGACUAGAAAAUAA